AGAAAUAACCUUAUUUAUUUUGUGGAGUGUCUUCUUGUUUUGUUUGUAUUUAAUUUUGUUUCGGGUGAAAUUCUUCUAUUUGUCUACUCCUGCGUUCUGUGUAUUUUGAAAUAUUAAAAUAACAAUGGAUGACACCGAUGUUGUAGGUUUUCUGGACUUUCUGGAUAAUGAUCCAAAUUUUGAACUACCUGACUACUCUCAUAUUGGCGCCAUGAUUGACGAUCAAAAGAAUUUUAUUAAAUCUUUUAUAACAAAGACUACUUUGGACGCUAAUCAAAAAGCUCAAGAUUCGAAACUGAUGUUGAACAAACUAGAUAAGGACAUUGCUCAAAGGAAGAAGGACAUUGAAGAAUUGACCCUGAAAAAACAGAAACUCCAAAAAGAACUCGGCGCCUUGAAUGAAGAAUAUGACUCACUGAAAGAAAAGGACUCGCAAGAAGUGAAAGAGCUGAUUGAAUUAGAAACCCUGUGCAAGAAUCGAUCAACAUUCAAACUACAUCCUGUUGAUGAGCAACGGUUUCAGAAUUUGAGGUUUCGGUUGCAUGCAUGCAAAUCCUUGACUGGAAUCCGGUGGAACUACGCUGAAAGCAGAGACAACAAAUUGGUUGGAUACAUCUGCAACUCUCACACUGACCAGAUCAAAAAGUUCAGCAUCGAUUUGGAGAAGACAGACCCGAUCGCUGUUUCAAAGCAAUUAUGGAGCAUCAUCGCUGCAUGUGGCCUAGAAACCAAACCAUCCUGCCACGAUAAAGAAAAUUAGUGAGAAAAAGUGUAUUAAAAAAAGAAUGUGAGAUUCACUUCAAACGGGCAGCAUUAGUACAGUAGAAUGAAAGUCAUCAACUGGUCAAUCAAUUUUAUUUGCUAAAGACAGAGAAACAUUUAUGUAAACAAAUAAUAAUACUAGAUAAAUAAAUUGUAUUUCUUUUGAAGAUGUGCAUAUUACAGUGACACAGUUGACACAUUCUGAUCCAAGAUGAUAAAUAAAUGUUAUUUAUAUCAUUUAAGAUCUACAUAUUACUGUGACACAGUUGACAUAGCCUGAUACAAGAUGAUAAAUAAAUAAAUUUUAUUUCUAUAAUAUGAAAAAUGUACAUAGUACAACAGUGACACAGUUGAAUGGUUGACACAGCCUGAUCCUAGAUGACACUUUCUUGUUAAUAUUUAAGAUGUAACUGUCAGUUUGAAGUGAAUCUUAUUAUACUUUAAUAUUUCUUUUUUUUCUUGUAGAUAUGUCUUUAAUAUUUCUUGUUUCCUUUUUCAUCCAUUGAAAUGUAUGUAAUGUAUUAUCCAUUAAGUUGCAUCACUGAAAUUGUAAAGUAUUUAUUCAGUUUUGAAUUUUUCAAUGAUUCAUGAUUGAGGUUUUCAAGGGCUGCUCAAGAAUUUUACAUUCAGUAACAUUUUUAAUUGUUAAUGCUCAAUAAUAUUACAAUAUAUAGACACAUUCACAUAGAACUGUCAUUAGAACAGAUUUGCAGUUUUACUGAAAUUGUAAAGUACUAUUUAGAUUUGAAUUGUAAAAUGUUUCAUGAUUAUUGUGUUCAAGAGCUGCUUAAGAAUUUUAAAUUCAGUAAUAUUUGCAAAUUUCUUGAAAAAUUGUUCAAUAAUAUUAUAAUAUAUGAUACAUUCACAUAGAACUGCCAUUAGAACAGAUUUGCAGUUUUACUGAAAUUGUAAUGUAUUAUUUAGAUUUGAAUUGUAAAAUGUUUCAUGUUAUUGUGUUCAAGUGCUGCUUAAGAAUUUUAAAUUCAGUAAUAUUUGCAAAUUUCUUGAAAAAUUGCUCUAUAAUAUAUGCAUACAUUCACAUAGUUAGUAUGUAGCCAUUAGUUAGAACAGAUUUGCAGUUUUACAGUAGCUUAAACCCACUAAAUAAAAAUACAGUUAGGUUGAGUUACAGCAAUUUCUAUCAAAUUUUUGUAGAGUAGGCCGUUUUAGUUGUGAAUUUUAAUAGGCAUUGGCUCAGAUAUAUUCCAUUCAUAGCAAACGAUGUCGUUGUCCAAAUGCCGACCAUGAACUUGGCAUACAUAUUCAGUUUGAUUGGAAGUCCUUACCACUGUCCCAUUCAGAUUUAGAUGAAGCUCUCUUAAUACGGCCGAAAAACAACAAAAUAAAUGUUUCUACAAUCAGUAAUAUCCUAUUCAUACCAAACCUUUUUGUUGUCUAAAUGUCGACCAUCAACUUGGCAUCCAUAUACAGUUUGAAGGGCUUUUGAUUAGUAGUCCCUACCACUGCCCCAUUCAGAUUUAGAUGAAGCUCUCUUAAUACCCGCAAAACAACAGAGGAAACGUUUCUACAAAGGUGGAGAUGAACAGUCCGAGCCGUCAGAGGAAGAAGAUCCAUGGGAUUGGUGGAACUGCGUGCACACAAUGACCAACUUGCAUAAACGCGUCUGCUUGACAUUGGAGGUGACUGCUAACUUUCCU